CGGCGAGGCCGGGUGUUUCCGGGCACGAUGUCGUCCGCCUUCUCCGUCACCUCCUUCCCCGACAGCAUUCCCGCCGUCAUCACGCAGAUAGACUGGACGGAGCCCUGGCUCCUCGGCCUGGUCGUCUUCCACGCGCUCUGCCUGCUGCUCACCUGUGUGUCCUCCCGGCGAUACGAACUGCAGGUCGGGCACUUCCUGUGCCUCGUCACCCUGGUCUAUUGUGCUGAGUACAUCAAUGAAGUGGCCGCCAUGAACUGGAGGUCAUUUUCGAAAUACCAGUAUUUCGAUUCGAGGGGGAUGUUCAUUUCCCUGGUGUUUUCGGCGCCGUUGCUCCUCAACGCCAUGAUCAUUGUGAUCAUGUGGGUCCGGAAGACGCUGACUGUGAUGGCCGACCUCAAGGCCCUGCAGCAGAAGGUGAAGGAGAGGAGGAAGAGGAGGAAGGGGAGUAGUGGCGCAGCGGCCGCAGCGUUCCUGGAGCUGUCCCGUCGCCGUCUUGAGAACUAAGUGCUGGCGUGGCAGGCCCGUCCCAGCAGCCACCGUCGUUUGUAAAGAUGGUUUUCGUCGCGACACUGUUUUGUCUGCAGCUAAUUAUGCUCAGGUUGUCUUUGCCGGUCGGUUAUGUGACCUGGGCUCCUGCAGGAUUACGAUGUGUGAUAAUAAUCCCCACAAGUCAUAGUGUCCAGGGUGUUACCUCGGUCGCAGCGACAGGUGGGCCACGAGGCUCCGGCACGAAGCCCAUGUGGAGGACGGAGCUGGGCCUUUCUGGAGCCGGCUCUCGGAGGAGUCACGUAGCCAGCUGGGAGCUGGUCCAGCCGCAGCGCGAGUUGAAAGUCCCUGUCGCUACAGUGCAAUGCUGGUGGGACGAAGGCACCGGCGUUGGUGGGCCAGGGGUUCUCCUUCACAGGCCGCUGUCCGGCUUUCUCCACCAGCAGAGAGUAGCGAGGCCACGGCCACAGCUGAGGCCCCGGGGUCUUCAGGGCCUUGGAAAUCAGCACAGUGGCCCUGCACAGACCGGACACUCGGGUCCUCACCAGCCCCUGGUAUGAAGCUAAGUGUCUACACGUCUCAGCCCCUCUCCACACGCUCCGGGGGGAUAAGGCCCCCGCGGUCCCGUCAGCCGCUGAGCGCCUGGGUGAUUGACAGCAGGUGCCCCUUCAGAACAGUGUCACUCACGUCACAAACUAGCGGAUUUGAAAUAAAAAACCAACACAGCAGCUGCCCACGCUGUAGAACACACUCUCCCAUGUGUUCAAAACAAACACCCGUGGGCUGUGUCCUGGACUGGAGCCUCCAGUUAAACUGAACAGAUAGCACUGAGCUAAGCAGUUCCCAGCGUGUCUGUGAAGGGUAUUAACUCCAUGUAAAACGGUCAGACUGAUUCACACGCCUGGGCACCGUCACGUGUCACCGCUUUCCCGGGUCCCCUGCUUCGCUCCCAGCGCGGUGUGGCCCCAGGCGUGUGACGCUGAGUGGUCACUGGCGGGGUGGGCGUCCUCCAUCAGCCCCCAGAUGACCUGACCCAAAUGACAGCAGUGCCAAGGCAGAAACAGGGACCUUGAACGGGACCCUGGAAGCGAGGUCCUGGCAGGACGCUACGUCUCAGCAUCCUGGACCCUUCCCGCGAGGCCGGGCCCUGGGAACACCAGCUCUGCCCUGGGAUGAAGCAGAACAGGGCUCCUUGCUGCUCCUUUACGGUUUGAUUCCCGGUCAGGGCACAGGCCUGGGUCUCGGGCUCAAUCCCU